UAAAGAAUACAUUAUGCUUAAAAUGCAGGAAAACUUUUCCCCUAAUGGCUGGCUAGGUGUUACACAAGGGGCCAAAAAAUUCUACAACUUUAGUAAAUCUGGCAAUUAUGAAAGCAUGCUCAAGGAAUUAAUCACAGAGUUGCAGGCAGUACGUCAUCGGGUUUUGCUGGACCUAAAACAAGUGCCAAAAGCUCAAGAGAAGAAAUCCCCUACAACAAGUACGACUCAGCCAUCUCUGCCCACGACAUCUGAAACAAGAGAGCCAACGAAUGCUGAAAUGCCAACACCACCUAUUACUGAACCACCGCCACGGGAAAGUACACCGCCUGGUACUUGA